AUGUUACAUCUCGGAUGGAAGAAUAUCGGAGAUGUUGAAGCUCAGUAUCUAGCAAAUGCAUUACGAAAUAAUACGACCCUCAAGAUAUUAGAUCUCUACAGCAAUGGAAUCGGAGCUGUUGGAGCACAGCAUCUGGCAGAUGCAUUACGAAAUAAUACGACACUUACUGUAUUAACUCUCUGGUGCAAUCAUAUCGGAGAAGUCGGAGCUCAGCAUAUAGCAAAUGUAUUACGAACUAAUACGACACUUACCACAUUAAAUCUCGGCAGCAAUCAAAUCGGAGAUGUUGGGGCACAGCAUCUAGCAGAUGCAUUACGAACUAAUACGACACUUACCGCAUUAAAUCUUCGCUGCAAUGGAAUCGGAGUUGUCGGAGUACAACAUCUUGCAGAUGUAUUGCGGACUAAUAUGACACUUACCGAAUUAGAACUAACGAAGAAUAAAAUCGGAGAUGUUGGAGCUCAGCAUAUAGCAGAUGUAUUACGAACUAAUACGACACUUAACACAUUAAUUCUCGAGUCGAAUCAAAUCGGGGAUGUUGAAGUACAGCUUCUAGCCGAUGCAUUACGAAAUAAUACGACGCUUACCAAAUUAAAUCUCGCGUGGAAUGGAAUUAGAGAUGUUGAAGCACAACAUCUAGUAAAUGCAUUACAAAAUAAUACGGUAGCUAGCAUUCCCCUUCUCAUCUAUUUCAUAUAUCAACCUAAAAUUCUUCAUACAGACACUAACCAUGUUAAAUCUCGACAAUACUCGAGUCAGUUGUGUAAUGAAGAAUGCAAUCAAUGGAUUGAUUCAACAAAGCAAAAGAGUGGCAAAAUCGUAACUGCUGAUAUUGACGACAUACCGAUUAUUACUAGGAAACUAUUAUUUGCGAUGUGUGAUGUAACAAUAUAG